GUAGCGGGGGCAGGUCGGGCCGGCGCGCGCGCGGGAGGAGGAGGCGGCGCCGCCGUGCGCCCCGCGCGCGUGUGUCCCCGCCGGCGCCGCGGGAAUCGGCUCUUCGAGGGAUCGCGUCACAUGACUCCGCCUGCCCCCGGCCAGCGCGCAGCUCGCCGGCCCCAGCUCCCGGGCCCGGGCGCCCAGCGGCCCCCCCGGAGCGCGGCGCGCGGCGCGGCGCGCACGGACCGGGCUGCGGGCUGCGGCGCGGGGACGAUGUGAGCGCGCGGGCUCGCGGGCCUCCGAGCACCAUGCAGAAGGGGAUCCGGCUCAACGACGGCCACGUCGCGUCGCUGGGGCUGCUGGCACGCAGGGACGGCACGCGCACCGGCUACCUGAGCAAGCGGAGCUCGGACAACACGAAAUGGCAAACCAAGUGGUUCGCGCUGCUGCAGAACCUGCUCUUCUACUUCGAGAGCGACUCCAGCUCGCGGCCCUCGGGGCUGUACCUGCUGGAGGGCUGCGUGUGCGGCCGCGCACCCUCCCCCAAGCCCGCGCUCUCGGCCAAGGAGCCGCUGGAGAAACAGCAUUACUUCACAGUCAAUUUCAGCCAUGAGAACCAGAAGGCCUUGGAGCUGAGGACUGAGGAUGCCAAGGACUGUGAUGAGUGGGUGGCUGCCAUCGCUCAUGCCAGCUACCGGACGCUGGCCACAGAGCAUGAGGCUCUGAUGCAGAAAUAUCUGCACCUGCUGCAGAUUGUGGAGACAGAGAAGACAGUGGCUAAACAGCUGCGGCAGCAGAUUGAAGACGGGGAGAUUGAGAUCGAGAGGCUGAAGGCUGAGAUUGCAUCCCUGCUGAAGGACAGUGAGCGCACCCAGGCCACCCAGACUGUCACCCCCAGCGAUGAAGACAGUGACAUCAAGAAGAUUAAGAAGGUCCAGAGCUUCCUGCGAGGCUGGCUGUGCCGGCGUAAGUGGAAGAGCAUUAUCCAGGACUACAUCCGCUCGCCGCACGCUGACAGCAUGCGCAAGCGCAACCAGGUGGUGUUCAGCAUGCUGGAGGCCGAGGCUGAGUACGUACAGCAGCUGCACAUCCUGGUCAACAACUUCCUCCGUCCCCUGCGCAUGGCCGCCAGCUCCAAGAAACCUCCAAUCACGCACGAUGAUGUCAGCAGCAUCUUCCUCAACAGUGAGACCAUCAUGUUCCUGCACCAGAUCUUCUAUCAAGGCCUGAAGGCCCGCGUCUCCAGCUGGCCCACGCUGGUGCUGGCCGACCUGUUCGACAUCCUGCUGCCCAUGCUCAACAUCUACCAGGAAUUCGUGCGCAACCACCAGUACAGCCUGCAGAUCCUGGCACACUGCAAGCAGAGCCGCGACUUCAACAAGCUACUCAAGCACUAUGAGGCGAAGCCCGACUGUGAGGAGCGGACGCUGGAGACCUUCCUCACUUACCCCAUGUUCCAGAUCCCCAGGUACAUUCUCACGCUGCAUGAGCUCCUGGCCCACACACCGCACGAGCACGUCGAACGCAACAGCCUGGACUAUGCCAAGUCCAAACUGGAGGAGCUAUCCAGGAUAAUGCACGACGAGGUGAGUGAGACUGAGAACAUACGGAAGAACCUCGCCAUAGAGCGUAUGAUCAUCGAGGGCUGCGAGAUCCUACUGGACACUAGCCAGACCUUUGUCAGGCAAGGCUCCCUCAUCCAGGUCCCCAUGUCUGAGAAGGGCAAGAUCACCCGCGGCCGCCUGGGCUCAUUGUCCCUGAGGAAGGAGGGUGAGCGGCAGUGCUUCCUCUUCUCCAAACACCUCAUCAUCUGCACCAGGGGCUCGGGCGGGAAGCUGCACCUCACCAAGAAUGGGGUCAUAUCCCUCAUCGACUGCACCUUACUGGAGGAGCCAGAGAGCACCGAGGAGGAAGCCAAAGGCUCAGGUCAGGACGUGGAGCACUUGGACUUCAAGAUUGGGGUGGAGCCCAAGGAUGCCCCACCCUUCACGGUCAUCCUCGUGGCCUCAUCCCGGCAAGAGAAGGCAGCAUGGACUAGCGAUAUCAGCCAGUGUGUGGACAACAUCCGGUGCAAUGGGCUCAUGAUGAACGCCUUUGAGGAGAACUCCAAGGUCACGGUGCCACAGAUGAUCAAGUCCGACGCCUCUCUGUACUGCGAUGACGUGGACAUCCGCUUCAGCAAGACCAUGAACUCCUGCAAGGUGCUGCAGAUCCGCUACGCCAGCGUGGAGCGGCUGCUGGAGCGCCUGACCGACUUGCGCUUCCUCAGCAUCGACUUCCUCAACACCUUCCUGCACUCCUACCGCGUCUUCACCUCUGCCGCCCUCGUGCUCGACAAGCUCAUUGCCAUCUACCGGCGGCCCAUCAGCGCCAUCCCUGCCAGGUCGCUGGAGCUGCUUUUCGCCAGUGGCCAGAACAACAAGCUCCUGUAUGGAGAACCCCCCAAGUCCCCACGUGCCACCCGCAAGUUUUCCUCCCCGCCGCCCCUGUCCAUCACCAAGACGUCCUCACCCAGUCGCCGGCGGAAGCUGUCCCUCAACAUCCCCAUCAUCACGGGUGGCAAGGCCCUAGACCUGGCCGCACUCAGCUGCGGCUCCAAUGGCUACAGCAGCGUGUACUCGGCCAUGUCGCCCUUCAGCAAGGCAGCCCUGGACACCAGCAAGCUCUACGUGUCCAGCAGCUUUGCCAGCAAGAUCCCAGAUGAGGGCGAUACAGCGGCUGAAAAGCCUGAGGAGCCCUCAGCUCUCAGCAAGCAGAGCUCAGAGGUGUCAGUACGGGAGGAGUCAGACCCAGAACAGACCCAGAGCGACGACGGUGACCCCGAGGGCUCACCCACAAAGUCCCCCACGACACCCCAGUCUGUGAAGAGCAAGAAUUCCUCAGAGUUUCCACUUUUCUCCUACAACAAUGGGGUGGUCCGAGGUUCCUGCCGGGAGCUGGACAGUAGCCGCAGUGGCCUCUCAGCUGCCUCGGCCUUUGCCAUCGCCACUGCGGGCGCCAACGAGGGCACCCCCAACAAGGAGAAGUACCGCCGCAUGUCCCUGGCCAGUGCAGGCUUCCCUCCUGAUCAGAGGAAUGGAGACAAGGAGUUUGUGAUCCGCCGAGCAGCCACUAACCGUGUACUGAACGUACUCCGGCACUGGGUGUCCAAGCACUCACAGGACUUUGAAGCCAAUGCCGAGCUGCAGAGCAAGGUGAUGGGCUUCCUGGAGGAGGUGAUGCACGACCCUGAGCUCCUGACCCAGGAGAGGAAGGCGGCAGCCAACAUCCUCAGGACCCUGACCCAGGAGGAUCCCGGCGACAAUCAGACCACCCUGGAGGAGAUUACACAGAUGGCAGAAAGUGUGAAGCCAGAACCCUUUGAGAACCACUCGGCCCUGGAGAUUGCUGAGCAGCUGACCCUGCUGGAUCAUCUGGUCUUCAGAAAGAUCCCCUAUGAGGAGUUCUUCGGCCAGGGCUGGAUGAAAGAGGAGAAGAAUGAGCGGACCCCUUACAUCAUGAAGACCACGAAGCACUUCAAUGACAUCAGUAACCUGAUUGCCUCAGAGAUUAUUCGGCAUGAGGAUGUGGCCGCACGGGCAAGCGCCAUCGAGAAGUGGGUGGCGGUGGCUGACAUCUGUCGCUGUCUGCAUAACUACAACGCCGUGCUGGAGAUCAUCUCCUCCAUGAACCGCAGCGCCAUCUUCCGGCUGAAGAAGACCUGGCUCAAAGUCUCCAAGCAGACGAAGGCACUGAUUGACAAGCUCCAGAAGCUCGUGUCAUCUGAGGGCAGAUUUAAGAAUCUGAGAGAAGCACUGAAGAAUUGUGACCCGCCCUGUGUCCCCUAUCUGGGCAUGUACCUCACCGACCUGGCCUUCAUCGAGGAGGGGACCCCCAACUACACAGAGGACGGGCUGGUCAACUUCUCCAAGAUGAGGAUGAUCUCCCACAUCAUCCGCGAGAUCCGCCAGUUCCAGCAGACAGCCUACAAGAUCGAGCACCAGAGCAAGGUCACCCAGUACCUCUUGGAUCAGUCUUCCGUGAUGGAUGAGGAGAGCCUGUAUGAGUCUUCUCUCCGCAUUGAGCCCAAACUUCCCACCUGAGGCCGCGGGCACCCGGACACGCGGCCGUGUACAUAGCGUGGGUGUCUUGGACCCUCCUCCUUAGCGUGUGCUUCUCCAACAAUCUGAGUCCGUCCUUGUCCUCUGGUUCCUGUCGCGCUGGCCCCUUUCCCCCCACCCCUCCUCCCCUGUCCUCCCCGCUCCACAUGCCGCGUAGUCCCCGCCCGCUUCCUUCCAGCAUGUUCCCUGUGGUUGUUCUGGGGGUGGGGGGAGGCGGGAGGGGACCCGUCAUCCGCAGACCUUCCGCUGACGGCCACUUUCCAGAGCCACUGCUGGCCCACAGUGCCAGGGCUGGGCUGAGGACAUGGGACUGGGAACACGGGGCCGGGGACAUGGGGCUGGGGACAAGGGGGUGGGGACAUGGGACUGGAAUCAGCCGUCCUUGGUCCCCACCCCCAUGGCCCCCAAGGCGGGAUGCUACCUCCUCAACCAGCCUGCGCCUCCCCCGUCCACCCGCACUGCCCUGCCAGCUGGGAACCACACCCGCGUCCCACCGCCCGGCCCGCACGCUUGUGUCGCUGCGUCGUCGUCUGUCCCUGUGACUUAGCGCCUCUGAGAUGCAGGCGGGGCCUGGGGGACUCGCCCGUCACAGGGCACCUGUCGUGCUGCUCAGCACCUUCUGCUUCUGUGCUGCGGAGCUGGGGGGGGCUGCCACAAAUGGCAGACAGCAGACAGAUGCCUCUGUGCAAGCAAUACCCAGUGGUCUGAGAGCCCCACUUCAAGUCUGAUGAUAUUUCAACUCACAGCUCGUUUGGAAAAAGAAACUUCCAUUUUUGUAAAAAUAUAUGUUUCCUGAUUACCUCUUGCUAAUAAAUCUAUUCUAUCUCAGGGUGAA